UAGAGGGCACUGACGCUGUUAUCGCGAGGUUUCGUCACGCAGAACGCUGACAGCUGCUAACAGUUCCUGGUUGCUAACAGUUGUUGCUAACAGGUAGCUGGUUGUUGGAGCUCCUCCGACGCUCAGCCGAGUCCCGCCUCGGUGUCGCCGACCCACGGACGCUUCGCUUCAGGCUUCCGCUGACCGUCCUGCGGGAUGUCUCUCCUGGAGAAGUCUCCGGCGCCCGGCAGGAUGCUGCUAGACGACACGUCGCCGCUGACGGCGCUGAUCGAAGCCAGCCAGACGCUGCAGUCCCACACGGAAUACAUCAUCAGAGUCCAGAGGGGCGUGUCCUCCGACAACAGCUGGCAGGUGAUCCGCCGCUACAGUGACUUCGACAUCCUGAACAGCAGCUUGAUGGUGUGUGGGAUCAGUCUGCCGCUACCUCCCAAGAAGCUGAUCGGGAACAUGGACCGAGAGUUCAUAGCAGAGAGGCAGAGGGGACUGCAGACCUACCUGGACUCCAUUACCCAGCAUCCCCUCAUUUCCACCUCCCUGGUGGUCAAGAAGUUCCUGGACCCCAACAACUACUCUGCCAACUACGCAGAAAUCGCUCUGCAGCAGGUCUCCAUGUUCUUCAGGUCAGACCCAAAGUGGGAGGUCCUGGAGCCCCUCAGAGAUAUGGGCUGGAGAAUCAGGAAGAAAUAUUUUCUGAUCAAAAACAAGGAGCAGUCCAAAGAGCGCUUUCUGCUGAGCUGGGUGGAUCUGGGACCAGAUAAGUUCCUCUCAGACAAAGACCUGCAGUCAGCCUUGAAGCUCCUGACCAACCUGUCUACCCCGUAUCUGUGUCCGCUGGUGUUCUCCAGCACCAGCGAGUCUUCGGCUCUGCUCAUCCGACCUUUCAGUGAAAAAGGCUCUCUGAGAGACCAGAUCUGCAAGGUGAAACCCAGAGAGAGUCACCUGAAGAAGUACUGCAACCCGAAGAAGAGCCAGGGCCUGGAGCUGGAGCAGAUCAAGCUGUACGGCCGGCAGCUCCUGGAGGGCCUGAAGCUCCUCCACGACGGCGGCCUGUUCUUCGGCCACCUGCAUGCCUCCAACGUCAUCGUGGACGACGACGUGUGCCGCCUGGUGGACGUGGAGAACGGCAUUCUGGGAGUUCCCUCCUUCCUGAGGCCGGCUUUCACGCAGCUCAGGAAGAUCAACACCACAGAAAGCAUCGACGUCUUCUGCUUCGGACAUUUAUUGUACGAGAUGACGUACGGCCGGCCGCCGGACAGCGUCCCCGUCGAUCUCUUCCCCUCUGUCCCCCACUCCGGCGUGGUGUCGGUUCUGCAGUCCAUCCUCUCCACAGAGGCGUGUAAGAGCGGGAUGCCGACGGUGGCGGCGCUCAUCCAGACUCCACUCUUCAGUGACGUCCAUCUCAAACACUCAGAAAAGCUGCAGAUCAAGGUUCCCAGCAGACUGAAGGAGGCGCUGACCUCGGCGAAGGGAAGUCUGGAGAAGAGGCUCCACGAGGAGCAGAGACUGCUCCAUCAGCACCGGCGGCUGACCCGGGCUCAGUCUCACUACGGCUCCGAGGAGGAGAAGAAGAGGAGGAAGAUCCUGGCCAGAAAGAAGUGCAGACAGUCGGCGUGUGAGAACGAAGAAGACUUCUCUGUGAGAAACAACAACAACUCUGGUUCAGGAGCCAGCUCGCCUCCCACGUGUCCUUCCUCCCCUACUCCCCCCUCCACUACAGGUACACCCGUCCGUCUUUCCGCUCCUGUGUCGCGCUGUUUGUCCUCAUGUCUCUCUCUCUCAAUUUGGCUCUCUGUGUCUGCCUGUCUGACCAAGUAUUGGGCGGACUGUAGCGCCCCCCACUGGGUCCCACACCACGCCUCCUCCUCCUCCUCCUCCUCCUGCCCCGCCUCCUCCUCCUGCUGCCCCGCCCGCCUCUUCCUCCUGCCCUCCUCUACCUCCGUCCUCCUCUGACGGCGCCGGAGGAGGCCGCUCCGCCCUGCUCAGCUCCAUCCAGGGCUUCAGCAAAGGCAAGCUGAAGAAGGCGGACACGGUGGACCGCAGCACGCCCAGGUUCUGACCCGGUACCGGUACCGGCACCGGCGCCGCGGCCCGCCGCCGUCUCUGCACUGUGCUCUUAACGUCCCGGAGAUGUGAAAACAACCGAUCACUAACAGAAAAGCCCAAGUACUUUUUAUCGCUCUGCUUCUUCUGCCUUUUAACUGUUUUAAGCUGUGAGAAGGGAGACGGGUCAGAACCGGGUCCCGGCUACCCGCCUGCUGGGCCCGUCAGCACCUCCUCCUCCUCAGAGAAGCGGGUCUGCAGGGAGGCCGGUGACUGGACUCAUGUUGGGGGGGUCACAGAUUCUGCAGCGGUUCUGGGUUUCUGAACGUCCUGGAUCCCGGACUCCAGAACCUUUCCUCUCUGACCCGUACAGGUUGGUGAGGCUUUAAAUCCUCUUCUCAGCUUUUCUGUUUUCUGAGACAGACGAGGAAAAAAUGCAGCAUGGAGGGAUUAGAAGCUGAGAAAAAGUUCUGCCCUGAUCCGGUUCUGGUCUCAUGCAGAAAAAUGUCUGUUAGACGGGGUUCCUUCACAGCCAUCAUUCUCUGUCCUCAUCAUCCUCAUCUUCCUCAUCCUUCUGUCCUCGUUCCCUUCCUUCCUUCCUUCCUUCCUUCCUUCCUUCCUUCCUUCCUUCCUUCCUCCCUCUGUGCUUUUUCCGCCUCGGUCAACAAAGAUCUUCCUGAAACUCGCAGCAAACGUUUGCUCUUCAUCUUCUGAACCGACCAAAGUGAAGAUGAGUGGGAACCCCGUUUCCUCCUAGAACCGAAGAACAUGAACCGUGUUCUCAUCCUUUACAUUUCCUUCAAAAACAGCCAGAAAUCUGGAGAUUAUUCAGUUUCAAACCCACCUGUAUGAUUUUUUUUUUUUGUUGUUUUUGCACAUUAAGAAAAACCGAGAGGGAAAAUCUUUCCUCAAAAUGUUUUUUUUCCCCAUAGAAUCCCCCAAAAAGAAGACAAAGUACAAUCUAAACGUAUUUAAUAAUAAAAAAGUUGUGACCUGAGAGAUCAGGAAACAUUUAUUUAGGAGUAAAUGAAUUAACAUUUAAAUCAAUAAUAUGUCCUCCUGACAGACGUGGAUGUUUUCCAGCUGAAGCUAAAAGGAUGAAAACAAUCAAAGGUAGAAAAUCUGCACAGAACGAGGUUUGAAACCGCAUGCAGCUAAUUUAAUCUGCCGUCAGUUACUGAUGGUCAUACAAGCAGCUCAGCUCUGAAUAAAUUAAAACAUAUUAAUAUUAAUCAUCCUCUGGCUCUGAUUAACCCUCAGUUUUGUCUGUCAGGCGUCAGUAGCUUCAGAUCUUCAGCUGGAUGGAUAUUAGACACCAACUUUAGGGAAAUCACCACCAGCUGAUCCAUCCCUGCUGCAGACGCUGAAUCUGCCAGUUUACAGAAUAUCAGAAACAUUGGGAAACAUCAAAAGCAAAAAUGAGAAGCUGAACUUUGAGAAACCGCUGUGUGUGGAGAUGCGGAGCCUUUCCAACCAUUUAAACGGGUUUCUGCAGGGUUUCUUCAUGUUUGCAGGAAAAUCAAAGUUCUGUUGGAUCCAACAGCUGCUGAAGGGUUAAUGUCAGACGCCAGAAGUGGGUUUUUUUCAUGCAGUUUCAUUAAAAUGUGUUUUUUUUUUUUUUCUGUGCCAUAUGGAUUAUAUUGUGCCGAUGGAGAUGUUGAAUGUUGUUGUUUUUAUUGCAUGUGACAGUUUGGUACAUACAGAACUUUAUAUCACUGCUCCUGUGGGGGUGAAGCCACACUUCAGCACACAGAGGAACAUCCGGUUAAUUCGCUGCUGCUUAUGGAGAAAUGAGGCCAAAGCAGGAAAUGACAGAAACGUGUUGUUCCACCGGCUGAUCAGACGUUUUCAGGAAAGCAUCUCUGCUCAGUCGUUGCUCAGAUUCUAGAAGAUGGAGAAUCUGGAUGUCAAAACUCCAUCUACCCAAAAUAACUGAUGAGGUUUAAACAGUAAAAUCAUGCAGUAAGCCUGAACUACCGUAACAUUUUAUGUUUUUUUCCUACCCACAAAUACUCAGUUUGGAAGACGGACACUGAAGCAUCUUGUGCUUUUAUUCUUGCAGUUCUUCCUUUACACGUUUCAUGAAAUUCAGCUGCAGCCGUCAUGCAAACCUCCACCGUCACGAUGGAAAGGAGCUUUUCACCAGAUCUGUGUGAUGCAAACCUAAAUCUGAGACUGCAGAUACUUUCAGAAACACCUCAGCGUUUCCAGAAACCCACAUUAGAUCAUCUGAUUUAUAGCUAUGAUGCAGCUACAGCCGUCAUGUCUCUGACUGAGAGUCAUGGAGGCUUCCUUCAUCAAACCGAAGCUGCUUUAAACAAACAUCUGUGUGCUGAAGUAGCCGGAGACACUUUACCUUCUUGGAUCUUUUUGUUUGAAAUCAAACCAAGUUCUUGUUAGAAACCUAAAUGAUUUAUUUUUUUUGGAUCAGUGCAAUCCAGCCGUAGAUGGUCCUCGCAUCCAGAGCGAUCUUUAAAUGAUCUCAGAAGGUCUGUGCAGCACUUUAAAGGUGUGGAGGAUCCGUCCGGACCUGCGGAGUAAUGUGCUGAGGCAGCGUUAAACUGCGUGGUGUUUUCUGGGGUUGCAGUUGAUUCUGCUGCAGAACGACACAAACUCGUCUUCUUUCAGCUAAAACUAAAUACCUGCAUCGAGUGGAUGAUGGUUUGCCUAAAAACGGUUCAGGGAAGCAACCAGUCGUGUAUUGCACAUGCUUGUGACAAAUGUAUCUGAUUGCACCAUUUAAUGGGGUGAAUUUAAAAUGCUUAAAUAAAGACAAAUUUAUUUACAAUA